UUAAUGAACUAUUAUGCGGUUCAAAAAGUAUUAGAUGUAAUUGAAAAGAACGAUAAUCCACCUGAUGAGGACAAAUUUAGUUCAUUUCUAGAACAUGUACAAAAUAAUGAAAAUUUGCGUGAAUUUCAGUCAACAAUUAUUCCCAAAUUGCGGGAUUUAUAUGAUAUGAAUAAUAAAAAUUUAAUAGAAGAGCUUUAUCGAGGAUUAACAACAAACAAUAAACUUAUCAACGAAGACGUAUUACAUUUAAUAGUCACUUCGAUGUUAAAUAUGGACACGAAAUCAGAAAAAUAUAAUGCCUAUAUUCAAAAUGCCCAUUUUGCAAUCAAAUUACUUAAAAUUUUCAUCAAGUUUCAUAGAAAAAUAAAAGCCAGGGCAACAAAUGCCUAUGAUUACAAUGAAGUUGAAGAUAAACAAGAAACUUAUGGAUCAACAAUUAUUUUUUAUGAUAAAAUAGCAAAAACAGAAUAUUCGACGAAAGAAUUUCAAAUAAAAAAUUGUUUUAUCGCCUAUAAAUGGUUAAUGGCAUUAUAUGGAAUAAUUAACCAUCAUGAUAUAAACACUUUUGAGGACAUUAAUAUUAAUAUAAAGGAAUUGAUGAAGUAUGAAAAAAAUAUUAUUAAAACUGAAAAAUUUAAAGAGGAUCAACAUUAUAUGUUUUUACAAGUUAAAGAAAAAAGCAAUAAUUUCUUAAAUUUAGGUGAUUGGGAAAACUCUAAUAGGCCUGGUGAUUGGAGUUUGGAAGAGCCAACAUAUACAUGCCUAUCAUUUAUGAACAAGAAUUCUGUGUCGAAAUUAAUUGUGCAGUUAAAAAGUUAUUCAACAUGGCGAUAUGUUAAUAAGAUUGAAUUUUUCAUCAUACGAUAUAGAUAUCAUAAGAAAUAUACAAAUGACUAUAAAGCAAUGUACGCUAGUCUAAUAGAUGCAGUUUCCGAACCAGUCAUUACUCCUGAGGACCGUUUGAGAAAUUUAGAAGCACAUGAACUAUUUUCUAUGUUUUUGAUGGAGCGUAAUAACGAGGCAAUUAACGAUGCGAAAAAUAUAGGUGUCAGUAAAGCUUAUUAUAAGUUUAUGAGGGAUCCUAGAAUUUUCGUAACCUUACCAAUUUACAACGCAAAUAAUUUAAUCAUCUAAGCAUUGAAACCUUGAUACAUGUUUUUUUUUUUUUAUUAUUAUUAUUAUUCAUACCAAAACGUACUUUAU